UAUGUACGAAGUGAUGAUUUAAAAAAAAACAUAAAAUCCUGCGAAUGAACUUUUUCUUGCUAAGUGAAAAAAAGUCAUUGUUAGAACGAAUGUGUAUGGAACUGUUGAUAAAACGUCACACUUGGACAUCUUCAUCACCUGCAUUGAACGUUAAUGAGAUUCCAGAAUCGAAGAAGAGGGGACGUGACACUGUACUACAGUGAGAAAAUGAUGGAUUUCCUAACAUUAAACGAGUAGUACUGUAAAGUGUCGUGGUGCACCGGGAAUGCGUCUAACACUACACUGCUGUACAAGAUAACUCCUACAUGAGUAUCUCGAAACACACAUAACAUUGGACCAUGACAACAGAACGUAGCACAGGAAAUACUCGAUCGUACCUAAUAAUGUUUUACAUCAAAGAAAGAACACUAUGAGUAAAAAAAUUAAUUAAUUAUUGUUUUAAUAGAGGCUUUACAGUACACUCUGGUUCUACUCUGUACACAUAUGUCAAGUUAUGUUCACUUUAAACAAACACGGGAGUUACGACAAAAGUUUAUCUUUCACUGGAUAUCAUGGUUCACUUCUCAAAAUUCUCAUUAUUUUGGGGCACAAUAUUUAUAAUAGGCACUCGUACCAUGCAGAAGGCUGGGCUGUUAACAUGCUUGUCGCCGUGCUUGUGAGAAACAAGUGUACAGUCGAAGGCAGUAGUAAAUCAGCUAAUGCAACCCAUGCCUGGAGUUCCUUCUUGGAGGUACCUAUCCCUUAAGUUUGGCUGACAGCUAUUGCAUCGCCCAGCGCUCGAACCCACAUAAGCCCCGGCUCCACGUUAACCAGGCACUACACAUUUAAUGGAUCACAUGAUGCUAAAAACCUGUCAUCUGUUUCGGAAACAUUUUUAGAGAUGCGUGUUUUGCGUCUAUAUUGUGAAAGAAAAAAGAUAAUUUUAAAUGAUAAAUCAUGACAACAAUUGUGCUUCACAAAAACAGUAACAUAAUCUUUCCUGUAUUUUUUUUCGUUGGUGUAGUUACUUAUCACAACAAAAAAAGAGCAAAUUGAAAGAUUUGGGGAAAAAAGGCAAUUUUUUAAUUUUAUUGUUGGUUGAGUUGAAAAGUGCCUCUUUUUGAUGGGAGUCCGAAAGAUAAAAGCACAUCAACGUGACGGAAUCUUAUCGGUCGUCUAUCUCAAGUGAUGUUGGGACACAGAGAAGAUACGGAGAAGGUGUUGGACUCGUCUGCUGAGGGACAGCGUCCUCAGGAGAGACAGAGAGAUGGCGGGCAGAGUGGGAGUGCUGGACCUGGUCUGCCUGGUGCUGGCCGCAGCCACCAGGAGCGCCUGCGACGACUUCGGCCCGCUGGUGACGGCGACCCAAGGGGAGGCGUGGCCCAAACCCCAGCUGCAAGUCGAGCACGAGGGCUUCGUGGGCGUCUUGCCGUCCAAGUUUUCCUUCAACGUGACGAAGAGGACUUGCGGCAUCCUGCAAGAGGCCCUGGGGAGAUACUCGGAGGAGAUGCACAGCCACUGGACCUCGUGCUGCUCGGCUCGGGGAGGAGACGUCUCCCUGGAAGAAGGCCAACUGCUGCUGCUCUCUUCUCUGGAGGUGCAGCUGAUGUCUCCCUGCGAGGAGAGACCCUACCUCGGCAUGGACGAGCACUACGAGCUGAGAAUAAACAGCCCGGGCUCGGAGAAAGCGGCUCUUCUGACCAGUCAGUCCAUCUGGGGCAUCCUGAGGGGGCUGGAGACGUUCUCUCAGCUUCUCCACGCGGACAGAAACCUGAACCUCCUGAGGGCGAACAGCACCGCAAUAAUGGACUUCCCCCGGUUCACCCACCGUGGACUGCUGCUGGACACCUCCCGACACUUCCUGCCCACGGCCACCAUCAGGACAGUGCUGGACGGCAUGGAGAUGAACAAGAUGAAUGUCUUCCACUGGCACAUCGUCGACAGCCAGAGCUUCCCCUACCAGAGCGAGGCGUUCCCUAAUCUCAGCAAGAAAGGCGCCUACAACUCGGCUAAGCUCGUAUACUCGCAGCAGGACGUGAGGAACAUCACGGAGUACGCUCGUCUCCGAGGUAUCAGGGUCGUCCCGGAGUUCGAUACUCCAGUGGAGGGAGGGUGUACGACGAGCACCGGGGGGGCAGGCCACGCCUCCUCGUGGGGCCGCGGGCAGCCCGGCCUGCUGACGCCCUGCCACCUGGGGGCCGGCGACCUGCCCGACGGCACGUACGGCCCCGUCAACCCGGUCCUGGAGUCCACCUACUCCUUCAUGGCGGCGCUGCUGCGCGAGGCGGCGGGCGUGUUCGGCGACCGCUUCCUGCACCUCGGCGGCGACGAGGUCACCUUCGAGUGCUGGGAAAGCAACCCGGACGUGACGGACUUCAUGAGCGAGCACGGCAUAGGCAACUCCACGCAGCUGGAGCAGUACUACAUGAGCAGGCUGCUCAACAUCACGAGCGGCCUGAACGUCAGCGCCGUGGUGUGGCAGGACGUGUUCGACAACGGCGUGAGCCUGCCGCGGGACACCAUCGUUCACGUGUGGAAUGGCAUCCCGUACGAGGAACUGGCCCAGCCCGCCUUACAGGUGACGGCGGCGGGGCACCAGGCCCUCCUCUCCUCCUGCUGGUACCUGGACAGCCUGGAGCCCGGCGGCAGCUGGAGUCAGUUCUACGACUGCGAGCCGACAGACUUCUCCGGCACGGAGGACCAGAAGGCGCUGGUGAUGGGCGGCGAGGCGUGCAUGUGGGGCGAGAUGGUGGACGAGAGCAACGUGGUGUCCCGCGUGUGGCCCUACAGCUCGCUCGCCGCAGAGAAGCUGUGGUCCAGCGCUGACGCCGACACGGAGGACGGAGCGGCCCGUCGUCUGGAGGAGCACUACUGCCGCAUGAAGAGGAGAGGCGUGGGCGCGCAGCCUCCCAACGGACCUGGUUACUGCCUCUAGUCCUCCUGGACUGCCAGACGCGAGGCUUUUGCUGCUUCCAACCCCUCGCGGUAGAUCAUUCCAUUUUCAUGACGUCAUUUCUCUUAUAGGCCUAUACAUAGGGACCUGAAAAAUUCGCGGUUUCGAUGACCUCCAGGACAGUCUACGCAAUCAUCUGUUCACUCGGGCAAAUAAUGGCCAGUUCGUUUGGCUGCUGACUUGUGAGUCGUCUCAACUGGUUUGCCCGAGAUUCGUCACUUCUUUGGUUGAGGAGUUUCUCAUUGGCCCAGAGUCGCCCAGACGAACAGUGAACCAAUAGCGAGAGCAGCUUAAAGGUAUAUACGUGUAUGAAUUUCAGACUAUCGCGAAAUGAAUCUGCGAAUAAUUUUUCCGGUCUCUAUGUAUACACUUUACAAAUGUGAGCGUGGAGUCCACUUGCGACAGAAGUGAAACUUCAUGCCUUGCUUAUUAUAGUAUUAUGUAAAAAUUAUAAAAAUUAUUUUUGGCUGA